UCAUGCUUCGCAAGAUUGGCCAGCCGUAUGACGCUUUUCCAUCUGCUAUACGAAUGCUUCUGGCACCUAAGGUAUUACUGAAACACUCCUUGUCUCGCCAUUAUUCUAUCAUCCGCUUUGCGACCGACAAGUUCUGUUCUAGAAGAACCCUAGAAGUAGCAUUUACCUAACUCGCUACUCCCUACUACCACCCGACUCGAUCUUUGUGACAAAUUUGGCGUUGGCGAUGAUCUCUGAAUCAUUUCUCCAGACGCCCAGCUUCCAGAAUGAUCUAACAUCCACCAAUGCUUCAUAAUCAAUUGCCCUGAUAAGACAGGCUUCCUUUUACGCCUUCAGAGACUCUCCCGUAAUUCAUACACAAAUUCAAGAUGGCUCAACCCACCCAAUCCAAGCAGUGGCUCACCAACCAAGAUGGCGUCGACAAGAUUUACCAAGGAGAGGCAGCCAUUCCUCAACCCGGCGAGAAGGAGGUUUUGGUCAAGAUUCACACCGUAUCUUUGAACUAUCGCGAUACUGAGGUCUGUGAUGGUGGAUACAACCAUCACAAGAGCAUUGGUGGAGAAAACAAGGCCCUCGUUCCUGGAUCUGACAUGUGCGGAACUGUUGUCAAGGCUGGACCUGGCGCUUCCUUGAAGGAAGGACAAAGAGUCUUAUCUAUCUUCCUCCAGACUCACCAAACUGGUCAGGUGCAGGAAAGCGACAUGGCUUCCGGUAUGGGAUUGCCUCUGGAGGGCGUGCUCCAGGAAUACCGUGUUUUCCCCGACACUGCUCUUGUCACUGUGCCCGACUACCUCAGCAACGAAGAAGCUGCCACAUUGCCAAUCGCUGGCACCACAGCAUUCAUGGCCAUGAACUGGAUGCAGCCCAUGGGCAAGCCUAUCAGCAACCCCGAAACCACCGUUUUGUUCCAGGGUACCGGUGGUGUUUCGAUCAGCGGUUUGCAAAUCGCAAAGGCAUGCGGCCUUAAGGCCAUCGUUACCUCAUCCUCGGACGAGAAGCUUGAGAAGGCUCGUGAGCUCGGAGCCGACUACACUAUCAACUACAAGAAGUUCCCCAAAUGGUCCGAAAAGGCCAUGGAAUUCACCAAGGGCAAGGGUGUCGACAUGAUCCUCGAGUGCGGUGGUGCCCAGACUGUGCGCCAAAGUUUCGACUCAAUCGCCUUUGGUGGCCUGAUCUCGAGCAUUGGCUACCUCUCGGGGAAGCAGGACACCGAGAGUGAUGCGCUUAACAUCAACGUCUUGGCCUUGAGACGCAAUGUCACACUCAAGGGCCACAUCAACGGCCCCAAGGACAGAUUUGAGGAAAUGUUGCAGCUUUACGCUCAGAAGGAGAUCCAUCCCGUGGUGGACAAGGUGUUCAGUUUCGAUGAGACAAAGGAUGCCAUGCAAUACCUUGCCAAGGGUGGUCAUUUCGGCAAGGUCGUCAUUAAGAUCGCAUAAAGCUAACCAGUAAAUAAAAAUUGAUCAUGCAUAAUCGCUUGCCGUUAUUAUCGGAUAAAAAUGAAGGCUGGCUUUGCUGGAAUGUAACAGCUGCAGCUGCCUGUACAGCUGUACACCGCCUCAAAGCUCCGGCGGCUGCUUCUCACAAGCAUCUGGAC